ACAAACUAUUUCUCACUGAUGUCUUUAAAAUUUUAUUGAAAGCAAUUUUCAAGCAGAUAAUAUAUAAAAUAAACUUAUAUCUUCGGUUGCUUUAAAAUCAAAAAUUUUUAUUUCGCAACCGCAAAAUGCCCGUCAAAAAGUGCGAAGGUGGUGAAAUAAAUUUUCUCUCGGAACGCCUCAACAUACCGCUUUUAUUGGCCACACGCAACAGCUUUAAGAAUGAACGCAUUAUAUCCAAAUACAUUAAGACCAAACAUAAAUUCUAUACAAUGGACUGCAUUGCAGAGAAGGGCAUCGAAACGCGUUCGAAGGAGCAUGCGCGUCAUCUCUUAGGUGAUUAUCCUGAAAACACUGGACCAUGCUCGAGUCGACGCUUGGUUGAUGACGUACGUGAUGCAUACAAUCUCAAAACCUUUCAUCUGCCACCCAAUAUUUAUGAUAUCUCCAAGGAACCGUUUGCAAGUCGUCGUGGUUUGGGUGGCGCAUAUUGGCGAAAGUUGAGGAAAGAGUUUAAAAUUGAUUUGCAGGAGUAUAAUAAAUACACACCGCCAAAGAAGACCAGAGACAAGUGGAAAUUGUAUAAUGUAACGAAAUUAACGGAUCGGUUCAACUUGCCACACAACAGGCAUAAAGGAGUUUUUUUGAGCAAUCCUCGCCAGCGACCCGCCAGCACACGUUGCAUGGUGACCGAUCCAGUAUUGGUGAAACGCUUGCCCACAGAACCUUCACCGGCGCAAUAUAACGUAGAAAGGCAUACGAUUCAACAUAACAUGUCUAAGCCCAUACAUCCGCCAAAGCAUAAUCCACACUUGUUUCUACGCAACUCCUGCAUACCCGAAAAACUGCCGGGCAUAAUACGUCGACACUUGAGCUUCGAACCGGCGGUGGGACGGUAUGAGGUGCGCUUCCCGAAACACUGCGCUUGUGGCAAGAAAAUCUUCACACCCGGUCUGCCGUUAAUCAUUGAUCGCGAGAAACGCAAGAAAUUCCGUCGUAUACCAUACAAGAAGAUCAAAUCGCAUUUGUACUGCGCACCGGAUUUCACGCAUGUCAUCGGUCACGGACAUACUUAUGUCUUCCGCUUGCCGGGUUCUAAACUGCAUCAGCCCAAGAAAUUGGAUAAGUCGUUAAAGCGUUUGUUUUCUCCACGCGCUGCACAACAAUUUCACGACUAUAGAUAUAUAAAUAUGAUAUUAGCGCCGCGCCGAAGACGCUUAUCCUACUUCCCACCAUAUAUAAAUCUCUAUCAAGAGCAAAAGGUACGCUUCAAUUGCAUUGUAAAGGUGACUAUAAUACGUCGACCCUUGAGUAAAGGCAAGAAACUGGGUUUCGGUGGUACGGCCAAACGUUUCUCAUACGUCGAUUAUCACUCAUCAAUACUCACGGCCGCACAGGCACGUCAGAUUAAAGAAUCUUUACCCGCGGAACGUCAGCUGCAAGAUCAUCCUAUAACACGCAGACCUUUGACGGAGAUCAAAUCGCGCUUUUUAGAGUGGUAUACAGAGCAAAAGGAAGAAAUCCGUCCGAUUUUUGAACGUAAGGGACCGGCCAAGUUACCACCGCUACCGGAGCCAAAAUUGCUGGUGACGAAAAAGGAUUUGCUACCCGACUUAAAGCCUGGUGUCGCAUAUAGGCCGCCGGUUUUAUAUAACAAACCAAUUGAUAUCCAUGAAUUUCUCAAAACAGCGACGACCACAGAUCAAGAGACGGUAGAUGAGAACUGAAGGGCUUUUUAAGUGUAUAUUAU